UUGAAUAAGUAAUAUUGAAAACCACUUGCUCCGGUGUGUAACCUUCCUAUUUCACUUUCAUCAACUCUCAUGCCGCCAGUAUGCCCAUCACAGCAAUAAUCCUGCUCUUUAUCGCGCUUAAUUGUCGUUUAACCAUAGCCGAGGAUGGAGCUAUGUGCAGAAUGAAGACGACGAACAACAAAUGCUGUGUUUUUCCUUUCACGUAUAGAGGAAAAACUUACGACUCAUGUGUCUCAAUCAGGGCUAACUCCAAGUGGUGCUCUCUGUCGCCCAGCUAUGAUAAAGAUAGAAAAUAUGGAUACUGUAAAGGGCUAGAAGGUAAGAUUACUGGAGAUGAUCAAGCUUGGAUUUACGCAAAUGGAAGAUAUCUAGGGACUGAUAAUGGCCGUUGGAACGUUCCACAGAGCUUCUUUUUCCGGGAAGAUCUUGAGGUGGUUGCCAUUUAUGUGAAAAACAGAGGGGGCUCGUCAGGGCUCAUCGCUUCGUUUGCAAAUGGCAUUGUUACCGACAACGAGUGGAAAUGCACCACCCAUGCCAUACGAAGCUGGCAAACCACAGCAUUUGAUGACAGCAACUGGCCUGCUGCAACGAUUCACGCUGGAAACAAUGGCGGUGCAAGAGUGAACGCAAUAGCGUCAGGCGCUAAAUGGAUUGGUCCAAGUAACAGAAAUGCCCGCAGCUUUUAUUGUAGAAGACGUAUCACGUACUUUGGAGAAAAACCAAUGUUUGGCGGAAGUUGUGAUAAGCCCCUUGGUCUGCAAAGCGGAUGGAUAACGAACAGUCAAAUAAAGGCUUCAUCUGCAUUGGAUGCCCAAAGAUAUGCCGCAUGGAGAGCAAGGUUGUAUAUGCCGAGACAAUACAGCUUCGUGGGAGCGUGGAGUGCCAGGACAAACAACUUUUAUCAGUGGAUGGAGGUAUCAUUCCAUAGUCCAGUCCAAAUUACAGGGAUUGCCACACAGGGAAGAGCUGACUAUAAUCACUGGGUUAAAAGUUACACCUUAUCCUACAGUGAAGAUGGCAAAAAGUACUCAGUUUAUAGAUUCGGAGGGCGUCCAAAGGUAUUUGGUGGAAAUACAGACCGAAAUUCUGUUGUUAAACACACCAUUUCACCUAGCAUUGAAGGUCGCUUUCUGCGACUUCAUCCCAGAUCAUGGAAUGGGCACAUAUCAUUAAGAAUGGAGCUCUAUGGGUGUAUAAAGGUUUGCAAGGUUGAUAUUGGUAUUUUGAUGGAUGAAUCUGGUAGCGUCAAGGCACCUGAGUUUGAGCGGGAGAAGAACUUUGUCAAAAGUCUGGCUGGUCACUUUCAAGUCGGCCCUAGAGCCACUCAGUUUGGUGUCAUCACCUUCAGCACCCAUGCACAACUUGAUAUCAUGCUUAAUAAGUACAGCUCUGUUUCAUCCUUUCAGAGUGGAGUCAAUAACAUAAAAUAUCAAGGUGGAUGGACAUACACUGGAAAAGCCUUAAAACUUGCUUACUCUCAACUGUUCACUUCUUCCAAAGGUGCACGGGGAAAUGUUGCAAGGGUAUUAGUGAUCAUCACAGACGGCCAGAGUACGGGAGGAAUGGCCACUAUAAGAGAUCCAAUCAAGAAACUUAAGGACGACUCAGUGAACAUCAUCUCUAUCGGUGUGGGACGUGGAACAAAUGCAAACGAACUGAAGUUUAUGGCGUCGUCUCCUUCUUCUACACACGUGUUCUCCGUUCAGAACAUGGAACAGUUGAGAAAUCUGAUCGGCUCCAUUACAUCGUCAUCAUGUUCAACGUAUAAUUGUCGUUACGUGACCUGUGAUUACAGACAGUGGAGUGCAUGGUCUGCUAGUUGUGGUGUCGCCAUGCGACGCACCCGAACAUUAAGCAAAGUCAAUGAACAUUACAUCAAGAGACAGGGAGGUUGCUCAGGGCUGAAAGUCACGUGCGAUAGACAACUGGCUGAACAAAAGACUACCAACUGUCCUUGCGUUACUGUGACAUGUUCUUGGAAUUCAUGGGGCAGCUGGUCGUCCACCUGUGGUAGAAUGACGCGACAGCGUUCCAGCAAAGUCACGCAAUCCAUCAUUAACCGACCCAGCUGCAAAGGUGUGCAGACAUCAUGCCCCAAACCCGAAGUCCAUUCCCUAUAUGUUUCCUGUUGUAAGGGAGAAGUGGGCAUCUUAAUGGACGAAUCAGGAAGCAUCAGUGACAAUGAUUUUACCAAAGAAAAAGACUUCAUUGUAGAUCUGGCAAAUGGCUUUACCAACUUUGGUCCAAACGGAUUGCAGAUGGGUGUCAUCUCUUACAGCACGGACGCUUAUCUUGAUAUUAAACUCAAUCAGUUCUCCAACAAGAUGCAAUUUAUAAAAGCUGUGCGACAAAUCGAGCAAUUCAAGGGCUGGACAUUCACGAACAAAGGUCUGGUUGUUGCCAAAAACCAGCUUUUCCAACUCUCGAACGGUGCAAGGCCUGGCGUGACUAAGAUAUUAAUCGUAUUGACCGAUGGUGCCAGCACAAGUGGAGCUGGAUCGCUUAAAGUUCCUCUCCAAAAUCUCAAAGAAAGUUACGUUAAUAUAUUCGCCAUUGGAAUUGGACAGAACAUUAAUAAACAGGAACUAGAGCUGAUGGCCACUGGUCCGGUCAACGAGCAUGUAUUUUAUGUGGCUGAUAUGCAAGAACUACACACUCUGUUGACGGCACUUGGUGAAUCAGCCUGCAAAAAAUACAAGUGUGAGUACGUGAAAUGGGACUACAGCGUGUGGAGCACGUGGUCCACCACGUGUGGCAAAGGAAUGACCAGGAAGAGAACGCUGACAAAAGUGACCAAGCAUAUCACUGAACAACAGGGAGGGUGCUCUGGUCUUCCAACAACUUGCAAUAGGCAGAAAGUGGAAACUAAGGAUAGCAUAUGUCCAUGUAAAUACGUGACGUGCUCUUGGAAUUCAUGGGGAAGCUGGUCUGGUAGUUGCGGUCGUAUUACUCGACAGCGUACCAGUAAAGUAACGCAACACGUAGUCAACAGACCAAACUGUAAUGGCUUACAGACAUCGUGCCCAGCCCCUCAGACAGAGUCCACGUUCAUGUCAUGCUGUAAAGUCGAACUGGGAGUUCUCAUGGAUGAGUCUGGUAGUAUAUCACCCGGUGAUUUCAUUCGAGAAAAAGAUUUCAUAGCUGCUUUGGCAAAUGGUUUCUCUAAUUUCGGUCCGAACGGGAUUCAAAUGGGAGUUAUAAAAUUUUCUACCCGUGCGAACGUUGAGAUCAAACUGAAACAGCAUGAAACGAAAGCAUCUUUUAUGGCAGCUGCAGGAAAAAUCCGUCAGGAAGGUGGUUGGACCUAUACUGGUAAAGCACUAACCCUAGCUAAGGCAGACCUGUUUAAGAGUUCAAAUGGAGCAAGACCAGGAGUAACAAAGAUGUUACUGGUGAUCACAGAUGGAGCUAGCACUGGUGGUAUUAAAUCUCUCAGAACUCCAGUCAAGGAUCUCGUAGACCUGAGAGUGAACAUAUUCUCAGUGGGAGUUGGAAACAAUCUGAUUAAGAGCGAACUGGAGUUUAUGGCAUCAGAGCCUAAGAAUUCUCAUGUGUUUUAUGUUCGCAAUAUGGCGGAGUUGCCUAACUUACUUCAUACCUUGGCACAGUCGUCUUGUCAAGCCUUCAAGUGUAAAUAUGUGACUUGUGACUACAGCGCUUGGUCUGAAUGGUCUAUCUCGUGUGGUAAGGGAAUGAAAAGAAGGAAAACAUUGACCAAAGUAAACGAACACGUUAUAGAGCAGCAGGGAGGAUGCUCUGGUCUAACAACAACCUGUGAAAAGGAGAAAGUAGAAACUAAGGACAUGGAUUGUCAGUGUAGGUACGUCACGUGUUCGUGGAAUCCUUGGACCGAGUGGUCUGCCACUUGCGGUGUCAGUAUCAGAACGAGGAUACCCAUAGUAACGCAGCACGUGAUAAACAAGACAUCCUGUGAAGGACUGCAGAAAUCAUGUCCAAGAGCCGAACGUGAAAAGAGAAUAACUAAAUGUCCUUGCAAGUCGGUCAAAUGUACUUGGAAACCAUGGACUGAUUGGUCAGCGACUUGUGGGUUGGCUGAGAGAACACGGUCCAUCCAGACCGCUGAAAUUAUAGUCUCUCGGAAUAACUGCUCUGGUCUUCCACAGGCUUGCAACGAACUGCCUGAAAAAGAAACGAGAAAGACCAUGUGUACGUGUCAGACAGUACAGUGUGACUGGAGCAAGUGGAGUGAGUGGUCGGCCAGUUGUGGUGUUGCUAAGCGUACAAGAACAAUUCAAACAUCGCAGAUAACAGUGCAAAAAGAGAGGUGUGAUGGUUUGCCACAGUCUUGUCCCCAGCCCCCAGAGAGUGAGCACAGGACAAAGGAUUGCGCAUGUCGCACCGUCACUUGUGAUUGGGAUGAGUGGUCCUCCUGGUCUACAAGCUGUGGUAACGGAACGCGCACACGUGAUAUCAACGAGACUGUAAUCACAGUCAACAAGCCCAGCUGUGAUGAUCUCCCACAGAAGUGCACUGAGAAACCUCAGACCGUUUCACGUGAAGUGAAAUGCACCUGCCCUACAGUGAACUGCGAGUGGAAUCUAUGGAGUCAGUGGUCUGCUACAUGUGGAGCAGCCACUCGGUCAAGAUCAAUUAAAACUAUAAAGACCACAGUACAAAAGUUGAAGUGUGAAGGUCUGCCUCAGUCCUGUCCCCAGCCUCCACAAACAGAACAACAAACAACAAACUGUAAAUGUAAAACAGUCAACUGUGAAUGGGCUUUGUGGUCUUCAUGGUCCACGACAUGUGGAGUUGGAACAAGGACAAGAAAUAUUGAAGAAACUGCAGUAGAAGUGUUUAGGCCUGAUUGUAGCGGUCUUCCUCAGACUUGUCCUGAGCCACCAGAGUCUGAAGCUCGUGAGCUAAAAUGUAAUUGCCCAUCAGUGAAAUGUGAAUGGAAGCAGUGGAGUACUUGGUCAGCAACAUGCGGCUUAGCCUCAAGGACAAGGACUAUAGAGACUAUCAAGACCACCGUACAAAAGUUAAAGUGUGAAGGUCUGCCUCAGUCCUGCCCACAGCCUCCACAAACAGAGCAACAAACAACAAACUGUAAAUGUAAAACAGUAAACUGUGAAUGGGCUCUGUGGUCUUCAUGGUCCACUACUUGCGGUGAAGGAACAAGAACAAGAUCUAUUGAAGAGACGGCGAUAGAGGUGUUCAAGCCUGAUUGCAGCGGUCUUCCACAAACCUGUCCACAACCGCCAGAAAACGAAGCACGAGAAAUUAAAUGUAAUUGUAGUACUGUCAACUGUAAACGUGGCGAGUGGGAGGCUUGGUCUGCAACGUGUGGAUUUGCAACACGAAAGAGAUCCAUUACUACCGAACAGAUUGUAGUGCAACAGAAAAACUGCGAUGGUCUGCCUGAAUCGUGUCCGAGCGGACCUGAGACUGAAACUAGAAAGACCAUGUGCACGUGCCAGUCAGUAACAUGCACGUGGGGAAGUUGGGGCCAGUGGUCUGGAGAAUGCGGCUUAGUGAACAGAACACGACAUAUUGUGGAAACACAAACAACUGUUCAAGCAGAGUCUUGCGAUGUCGUUCCUACCAAAUGCACUCAGCUGCCAGAAACUGAGAACAACAAACUCCCAGACUGUGAAUUGUGCUACACGGUGGAAUGCAGUUACAACCCCUGGAGUUCUUGGUCAGCAUCUUGUGGCAGUGCGUACAGGCGCCGCCUACAGGUGAUCGAAGAAAUCGAAAUUUUCAAGCCGAGCUGCGACGGACUACCUUUGGAGUGCUUUGGUGACGAAAUUCAGGAGGAGACAAGAAAUACUCCGUUAUGUCCAACUACUAAACCUCCUCCAACACCAACAACCUGAUUAAAAAAGAUGCUGAGCUUACACGGCAGGACCAAGAAGGGGGAAUUCUGGGGAUUAUAAUACAAUUGGGAGUUAAAACAUUUCUUACGAAGGUUCGAUAUUUCGCGACAAUUUGUUUUUGGAUUCCAUCUGAUAGACUUCUUGUCGUGAUAAAACGAUAACAAUAAAGAUUAAGUAAAGAAAAUAA